ACCGUGUUUUUUGUGGAAGUGGAGUUUUGUUUGGCAGCGCGCUCAACCUUUCUCCACGUUUGCUCCUAAAUGUGUUUUUCCCUCACGAUAAUUAAGUGUAUGCAACCGAUUUAAGUAUGCUAGAUUGAUAGGGAUACGUCGAGCAAAGCGUAUAAGCGAUCAACACAGCUGAAGACAGAGAUUAAUAAUUCAGAAACUAAAAUGGCUUUUAGGAGAGAACGAAAUUUAAGAGAGGUUUAUGAAGACAGAUUUGCCCCAGAUAGAGCGGGUCCAUAUCCGAGAGGAGGACAAGGUGAGAGAAGACCUCCAUUCGGGCGGCCUGAUGAGGAAUUCGGCCGUGGUUUUGAAUAUGAUAAUUCCCGCUUUUACCCAAACGGUGCUCCUCGCAACUACCAUGGAGAGGAUCAGAGAGGCUACCAUGGAGACGGCCAUCACAACUUUCCAAAUGAACACAGGGGUGGACCUCCUGGACGAAGACAAGAAGACUUUCCAUACUACAGAGGGCCAAGAGAAGAACCCCAUGGUGGCCGCCAAAUGGAUUUUAGACCCAGUAAUCGACCUGGUCCCCCACCGAAUGCUCGAGUCCAGGGUUCUUACCCCGGGCCUAGGUCUAUGCCUGGCCCUGAUGCAGGAGACGACACACUGAUACAGGCCAUCAUGAACCUGGACCGGGGGGAAGAACGGGAAAACGUGAGACGAAAGGCUCCUUUUCCUCCUGUGCGUGAACGAUCUCCUGCCCGAAGGGACAUCCCACCUUCACCUCACAGUCGGUCGGGGUCUAGCAUAAGCAGCCGCAGCUACUCUCCAGAGCGGAGCAAAGCGCAUCCCUUCCCACCACAGCAGGGCAAAAGUCUAGACAGUCUGCCAAGCCUUUCUGCAUUUCCUAUGGAGAAUUUGCAUUGGCGGGAUCCCCCACACACACCGACUGUAGAUGGUGCGAAGGGAUACGAGGAGCCAUUUGGGCCAGGCAGAGCACCUGACAAGGAAAGGCCCCCCGGCCCCUCCGUGAGUGCAUCACGAGAUGGUUCGCCCCAUAGCUCCGUAUCUGCCACUAAGGAGGACAUAACAUCAGUGGAAGUGCCCACAGAGGAAGUCCCAGCCCCUGUGGAUGAAGCUUCCUCUGUCAUGGACGACUUUCAAGAGAGACGAGCUCAAGCUAUUGCUGCCAAGGCUCGCGAAAUUGAAAAGGUCUAUCGUCAGGACUGCGAGACGUUUGGCAUGGUGGUGAAGAUGCUGGUUUCUAAGGAACCUAGCUUAGAGAAGCACCUGCAAAACCCACUGAAAGAGAACCUGAUCGAGAUCCGUGAGCGAUGUCUUGAGGACUUGCAACACUUCAUUGCUGAACUCGACGAGGUGGUACGACAGCCCGAACCUGCUGUCUAAGGUGGCCUCGUUUUUCCUGAAGUUUUUUUUUUUCUAAACCUGUACUCCUUUAUUGUUUUUAUAAAGGAUCUCAUUUAUGUGAAAGGAUGUCAUUUAUGUGAAAGCCAUUGUACACUGUACAUUGUGUCCACACUUCCUGGUACACAACAAACGAAAACAUCUUGAAAUAUUGCCUUCAUGCAAUCCCGUUCAUCCACUGAGGCUAGUUGUUAGGUUGUAUAAACUCUUUGUAACCUUUUGAGCAGUAGGAUAAAGUAAAGAAAUGAGAUGGUAAGCAUAAAGUAAUGACACAGGAGGGUCUCUCGUUCAUUACGGAAGCUAAAGAGGUUUAUUAACCUGUUGGGGAAAUUUAUUGAAUGAUGACUGUCGUCAUGAUCAAGUAUGGUUAAAUCGAAAGGGUUCUAUGAUGUUGCCAAUGAAGACACUUAAAGUCCGACCAAUGACAAUUUGAUGAAUUAUGAAACCUGAUCUUUAUGGGUUCAGCUAUUUGCUGCUAUUUGUAGUAAUGUUAAGUUGUGCAACUGACAGUAGAACACAUUUUUUUUAUUAUUAAACUUUCCAAUUAACAUAUUAUGAAAACCCAACACAAGUGUUUAUGUAGUUUUUUUCUUUGUAUAGUAUUAAAGAGUCUGAACCUACUACAGUACAUGUUUUCCUUUUGAUUUGAUGAGCCCGUUUUGUGGUUUCAUGUUUGUAAUUAAAUAAAAUUGCUGUUUGCUAUUA